AUGGGGGUCGGGCAUGGAAUGCUGCGCAAGCGAUUAGUCUUCGAGAUUUUGUUCAUGAUUUGGGGCUCCAUGACCCAGGUUACCAAGGAGAUCAGUUCACUUGGACCAACAAGCGUAUGGGUGCAGCAUGCAUUCGUGAACGUCUGGAUAGGGCACUUUGCUCCCAAUCUUGGAUUGAUACUUAUCCGGAGACUAUGGUCAAACACUUUACGGACCAGGGAUCGGAUCAUCGUGCCCUUCUUCUCGCUGAUAAACCGUAUACUCGGAGUAGUCAGCCCUGUUCUGGUUUGA